AUGUCCAUCAACUUUUCCCACACCCUGUGGUCUCCCAGUGACACGGUCAAAGACGUGGCCGAGACUCUGGGCAUCUCCAAUCUGCCCGAUGACGUGGCCAAAACGCUUGCCAUGGACGUGGAAUACCGAAUCCACGAGGUGAUUGAACAGGCGCUCAAGUUCAUGCGACACUCGAAACGAACGACUCUGGGGACCUCCGACGUGGGCGAGGCUCUUCGAGCGCUCAACGUGGAGCCCCUUUACGGCUACGAGGGCGUGGCCAACGAAAAAAGCGUGUCUUACAGAGAAGCCAUCACCGGACCAGGACAAACGCUGUACUAUGUGGAUGACGAUGAGGUGGACUUUGAACGGCUCAUCAACCAACCGCUGCCUAAGGUGCCUCGUGCCACAUCACUGACAGCUCACUGGGUGGCGAUCGAUGGAGUGCAACCUGCCAUCCCACAAAACCCCCUGGCCAGCGACAUCAGAGCCAUGAGUGUUGAUCUGAGAGGCGCCCAGACCACCAACAACUCGAUCGCCACCAUCAACGGCUCGUCGGACGUCAAGGUGAAGCCUCUCGUCAAACAUGUGCUGUCCAAGGAGCUGCAGCUGUACUUUGACCGUGUGGUGGGUGCACUUAUGGACGGCUCGGAAGUGGUUGUCACUGCUACCGGAGACGAGAAGGAGGCUGCGGUCAAGCAACAUGCGGCUGCUCUUUCUUCUCUGCGAAACGACCCCGGAUUCCACCAGUUGGUGCCCUACUUUGUGCAGUUUGUGGCCGAAAAAGUCACACAUAACCUCAAGAACCUGCCCGUGCUCUACACUAUGCUGCAGGUAAUUGACGCACUGCUGACUAACCCCACGCUGUUCAUGGACCCCUACAUUCACUCACUGAUGCCCUCUGUGCUGACUUUGAUUCUCGCGAAGAAGAUUGGUCCCAAGCCCGGCCAUGAGGACAUUGUGGAGGACUCGCAGGUGACCAUUUCUCAGUACUCGAUUCGUGACUUUGCUGCAUCUCUUCUGGCACGAAUCUGCGACAAAUACAACGAGAUCUACGCUUCUCUCAAGCCCAGAGCCAUCCGAACGCUACUCAAGGCAUUCAUGGACCCCACCAAGCCGAUACCCACUCUCUAUGGCGCUCUCCAGGGCAUUCAGGCGCUUGGUAAUGAGGCCGUUCGUGUGGUCAUUGUAGGCAACCUGAAGCUGUGGAGUGAUACACUUUACAACCGGCUGUUGAAGUCGUCGUCGGACUCUACUUUGGAGCUGGAGCAGCUCAACAAGUGUUUGAUUUCGGCUCUGCGACAGAUCAAGGGCCAGGCCAUCUACCCCGAUCAAGAGCUCACUGAGCAGGAGAUUGAUCGAUGCAAGGAGCUGGUGGGAGACAAGGUGUAUGAACUGAUUGAGAAGCUGGACGAUUCACAGCAGGUUGUUCAUGGAUUGGUGGAUUUCGAGGGUAAGCAGGUGGAGUAA